AUGCUACGAGUAAGUUUUACCCCGAUUAAAACGAUCGGCUCCUUCGUGCCAGGCUACAAUACCACCAGCUACCAUGCGGCCAAGAAAACUUUAGGACUUAACCCUUACAGCACCGGCGCCUCCAUCAACUCUUGUAGGCUCCUGCAUUCUUCAAAACUGUCAAAUAAGAGGCUGGCGGAGGAUAAAUAUAACGAAGAACUUCUUUCAAAAAUAAAUGCACAGAAUGAACCGGAUUCUAAGCAAGAUCACGACGGGCCAAUACCAAAGGAAAGUACUUCUUCCUCUGACGAGUCGUUACUACAACAUGCACAUGGUCAUAGCCAUACGCAUUUGCAUGCUAAUCCGCUGCUGUCGCUCAACAUACAGCAAAUUAAAAAGAAUCCUGGGGUGAGGAUAACAUGGAUAGGACUAGCAUCAAACGUGGGCAUGGCUGUAGGGAAAUUUAUUGGAGGGAUCACGUUCCAUUCCCAGGCGUUGCUGGCUGAUUCCGUGCACGCUCUCAGCGAUUUAGUUUCAGAUGUCUUGACCCUGUUUUCCGUCCACUAUGCGUCUCGUAAACCAACUUCAGACUACCCUUAUGGCUAUGGAAAAGUUGAGACUGUUGGGUCUCUUGCGGUAUCUACAAUAUUGACUAUGGCUGGUAUAUCUAUUGGUUGGUCCUCGUUAUGUGCCAUCGUGGGGCCCAUUAUUCCGCAUACAAUCUUGGAGUCCUGGGCUGGUUUGAUGGGGGAGUCGCAUUCCCACCCUCAAUCAGUCACACAGCAGGCUACUAAUGUGAACGCUGUAUGGAUUGCCGCAGGUUCUAUUUUGAUCAAAGAGUGGGUAUUUCAGGCAACAAAAAAAGUUGCCAUCCAAACACACUCUAACGUACUAAUGGCAAACGCUUGGCAUCACCGCGUCGAUUCUUUAACUUCUUUGGUGGCAUUAGUGGCCAUUACAUCUAGUUAUUUUUUUAAUAUUCAAUCACUGGAUAAUCUAGGUGGACUCGUGGUAUCUGGUCUGAUUAUAAAGACCGGUGGGCAAGGCAUAUUAUCUUCGUUGAAAGAGUUGGUUGAUCAAUCCAUACCAUCAACUGAUUCUCGUUAUCUGGACAUUGAAACUGUAAUCAAAGACAGCAUCAGCGGUUUGAAAACUAAUUUGGAUUUUGAGGGGCCACUAAGCGUCAAAGACCUCACCAUAUUAGCUUCAGGCCCUAAUCUUCGUGCUACCGCAACGCUGGAAGUGCCAACUCUACAUUCGGGGCAAGAAGUUGGGAUUAAAUUUUUAGAGAACACCAUUGCAACCAUAAGAGAAGAUCUACGUUCAAAAGUGCCAAAUGUGGGGAAGAUUGACAUCGAGUUUGUUGAUGCGAAGUCCGCCUCUAAUAAGGAUCUAGAACAACGCCAUAGUAAUAAUUCAAGCCACACUCACACUCAUUCCAACCGGGCUGAUGAUCAUAGUAAGGGACAUUAG